AUUUGAAAUUUUGAAUUUAAAAAUAAUCAUUUGACGGACGUGUUCAUAAAGUAACGUCAAACGAUUUGAGGAUUUGUCGUGCGAGCGUGUUCACCGCAUGAGUUUGAGUAUUUUUUAUUAAAAUUUUUAAUUUGUGAUCGAUUAAAAAUAAUAGUGCCCGACAAAAUUUGUAAUUAAGUAUAGAAAUAUUAAAUGGUUGUGUAAAUAAUUUUUGUGUAAAAAUCGCGGUUAACGGUCGAGUUUUCAUUUUAAGUAUAAAACUGUCCAUCAAUAUCUUUUUCUGUUGGUUGGAAAAAUUAGAUGUGAUGAUAGAAAAAUCUUAAAACCAAAUCACUUUAUUAACAAUUUUGGAGGAGUUUUUAGAAUUAGGCUUCUACAUUGGUUCAGUUAGCACAAAUAGCAUACGUUACUUAAGUGAGUAACGCUUUGUAGUUAAUUGUUACAACGUCUUCCUCAUCAUUUUCAUCAUCAUAGCCUGCACCACGUGAUGAGAAGCCGAAUGAUAUAUUCAGCGAUUCUGUCAUGUUUCGUCUUGCUUGUGGAGUUCAUGUGCUCCAAUGUUAAAGGCCAGCCACAAACAGUCAACAUGAUUGAGAUACCUCGUGACACGGCAGCCUUGAAGGACUCGAAGAUGGUCAUGUUGAAUUGUACGCCUACUCCUGGGUUAACUGUAAACUGGAAGGCAUCCGUGCACUGGGACCUGGACAUGAUCGAUAUCUAUCCAACGCCAACUCCCGCCAAUCCGAACUUCACAACAUCCGAGGGAGGGACCACCCUUUACAUCAAACAGCUGACUAAUGACCUGGCAGCUGUGUACAGGUGCACCGUUGGAAGUCAACGCGUCGACGCUAGAGUCGCUGCCAUGGAACCAGUAAGAUGUCCGACUGACAUCACGAGGAAAGUAGGGGAAAACUUCACCGUCGUAUGCAACUCUGGAUUUGUUAGCAAAAUGCUGCCAACAAUUUACAUUUUAGAUGGCGUGGGGAGAGUUGUUGCGAAAAAAACUGCCUCAGACUCUGGACCUCUCAAUCUGAUAGGUAACCUGACAGCUGAGGCAGACAUGGACGGUACAAGGUUCUCGUGCAGGGUUGACUUCCUGGACGCACCCAGCUCCAGACUGCAGCCCAGUGCCCCCAUGGCUGGAUCCGCCGAUUACGAAGACUUGUGCCACUUCGCUGUUCGAGUCAUGCAUCCAGUAACAAAAGCUGAAAUAAACAGCACCCUCAGUCCGCCUGAAGUCAACAAAGUGGUCGUUGGUGACGUCAUCAAUUGUACGGCCAAUGGAAAUCCUACACCGGACUUUCAAUGGUUCCACAACACGACCAACCAGACCCUCUCAACCUCACCAUCUCUCAUCAUCACCGAGCAGCUGAACAUCAAGCAGACCGUGAUGGUCACGUGUGUGGCCAGCAAAUUCUAUGAUGGGGUUCUCUACAGCACCGGAGCCAGUGUACUCUUGUUUGUUACGUCCAACACCGAGGAAGUCAAGUCACCGGCUGUUGCACCUUGGGUCAUUGCCGUAGCUGUAAUCGUUCCUCUGCUGGUCAUCUUCUUGGUCGUGGCCAUCAUCAUCAUCUGCUGCCUCAAACGAAAGAAGGGCAACCAGCCCUACAAGGCAACGUCGGUUCCGAAGAAAAAGGGGCCCUACGUGACGACGGCAACCGAUGAAGUCACCUUCACACCAAACAAGCCCGCACCACCACUAUCCGGCCAAAUAUACAACCCGCCCGCAGCAUCUCAAAAGCCUAAAAACUCCAAACCAACCUCUCCAACAAAGAAUGCGCCAGCAAGACCGCUCUACAGCAACGACAACUUCAACAAUCCCAGCAUGCCGUUGAACGCAGGACACGGAGCCCUCGGCAUGACAGGUCUGAACAGGUCGCAAGAUUUCCAUUACAAUUCUCGUGGUCAGUUAGUUGAGUCUCCCUACUCCCCCACCCCCACCACCAACAUCUCUGCGGUUGACGGACCAGGCAUGGUGCCCGUCAAGAGGGUUGAGGGCAGACAACAGGCAUCAAACGUCAGGAGCCAGCCACCAUUCACCAAUGCUGCUGAAACAAAACUUUCGGGUCGUCAUCCACAAAACUUCAACAACAACAACAACAAUUAUGACGACGAUGAUGACGAUGAAUUUGACGAUGAGGAUGAGCGCCUACCUGUAUCACCACCUCCACCAAAACAACUACCUUACCAACAUCAGAAGCCAAUGCAGCCACUUCAACAACCUCCAUACAAAGCUCAACAACCUAAGAUGACUCGUGAAUCAUCAGUAACUAGCGGAUCGUCGGCCAGAUCAAACGACGCUCCGAGAGAUGUUCCAAGAAAGCAGAAGGAUGGCAAGAAAUCCUCGCAAAGCAAGUAUACGGGAAGUGGGAACAUGGUGACGAGUCCCAGGAUCGUCAGCAAGGAUCCAAGUGGCGCCCAGGGAAAUUUUGGAUUCAAAACUUCCGGCAACUAUGACACAAACAGUCUACAGGGAUCGGAAGUUUAAAUGUGGAUUUUAUAGCGCCAGCAGUACCGGUGCUAUCCACAUUCAACUAUGAGCCAUAUUUCGUCCAUCACGUUUCGAUAAAGUAAUAUAUUCAGUGAAUUGUUUCUAAUGAAAAGAUUGCUUAACGUACCGUAUAUCAAAAAAUUUUACGCAAUUUUGGGUCAUAAUUAAUGAUAGUUCAAUCCAUUUUGUUACAUUAAUGUAAUCAACCACCAACAUUUCACCUUCUAUAUCUUCAUCAUUGUAUUAUAUAUAAGUUUGAUUUCGUACAUUCUGUGGUUCUUUUAAAUUGUACGUUUGAUGACGUCAUAUCAAGGUGUGUGAAUGUGUAACCAAUUGAACUUUGAACUUAUGUCCGAUGAAAACUAGUUGAUAUUUUAAGAUUUUAUGCCGACUAGUUGAUAUUUUAUUUUUUGGCAUUUUCUUUUUUUUUGAUUUUAUAUUUAAUUUACAUGCGAGUGAAUGUGUAA